AUGGACUCAAACCAGCUGGAGCCCUUCAAGCGUAAGAAAAAGAGACAGAAACAACCGCAACAGAAAAAGAAACAGGGAAAUGGAGUAGUGGUUGACCGGAUAAGUGAGUUACCUGAUGACAUCCUCUUCACGAUCCUGUCUUUCCUAUCAACGAGAGAAGCUGCCGCCACUAGUAUUCUUUCUUCCCGAUGGCCGAAUUUGUGGAAGCACACUCCUAAUCUUGACCUUUUCAACCGUAAUUAUGUCCGGAAAACUACUGAAAUCGAGCACACUUCAUGGGAUUUCGAGACAUGCCAAAAUGUCAAAAUGGUAAAUUCGGCUCUGGAAUCGCAUCAAGCCCCUUGCCUGAAACAGUUUAGAAUCUGUUUUUACAUAAAUAAGUCAGCACAAAGCACAAUCACCAAAUGGCUCGAAUUUGUGUGGUCGAGACAAGUUGAGAGAUUGGAGUUGAGCUUUUCAUGCCUUAGACAAAAGCAAGCAGUUGUGUUAGAAGAUAUGUUGGGAGAGAUGAGACCUAUGAAACAUCUUAGGGAAUUGUGUUUGAUAAACAUGAAAGUGAGCAGUGGCGAUAUCUCUUUGUUCCUAAGAAAUUGCCCCUUGUUGAAGAAACUGACUAUCAGAUGCUCAACUUUGACAUCUGAUGUUUAUCUAUGCGGCACAACCCUCAUGUUGGAGUAUCUUCAACUACAUUAUUGCAUCCUUAACGAAUCGAUUAUUAACAUUUCUGCUCCAUAUCUUUCUGAAGUUAAGAUCGAUGCAUAUCCGGGGCAGUUAUGGUUCAAGAAUGUUCCCAAACUUGUUGUGGCAACAUUUAUGCACCAUUUUGCUUUUGAAGUCUGUUGUAUUACUUCCCAACACCAGAAACUUACCUUGUCUCUCUCAUACACUGAGAACAUUGUGGCAAAUAGCUUUCCUCAAAUGCCUAAUCUCAAGGAGUUAAUCAUCAGAGAUAGCUCAUUGUAUAAGCAUGGUUUCUUGACAAAUUUAAAGAUGAAACACCAAAACCUGAAAGAUGUCCGCACCAACGUCUCAAAAUUUUAG